AUGUCGCCACACGCAUGCGACUCCAACUCCCAACGUUACGCGGAAGAAGAUACAAUCAAGACCAGUAUGGCAGACGACGAGGAAGGAGACCUGUGGCUCUUUGGAUAUGGGUAGAUUGUAACCAUGUCUGGGUUUCGCCUUGAAAUCUUGCUAAUGCGAACGUAGGAGCUUGAUAUGGAAACCGCCACCAGAUUACGGUAUGCCCUGUCUGUAGCAAAACAUUAGAACGACAGAUGGACUUAUUCUAUCCAUUCAAGAUCUUCGUCUUCCCGGCUACAUUGAAGGCUAUGUGCGCCGUUUUUGGCAGGUACGAAGCAUGUGACAAAACCAAGGGAUGUAUGAACAAGCAGCUGAAGCGUCGACAGGCGAGGUAGGCGGACCUUUACAACACCCAUGUAUUUCUGUGAGGAGACUGAGGAAAGGGGUUCCCCAUCUAGCGAGGACCAUAGAGGCACACCCGAAGCACCGGGCCGCGUCUGUACCCUGAUCGAUCGCAAACUAUGGGAAACCCUCACGGACCAAGUACAACCGCCCUUCCCCAUCUCUCCUCAUCCGUCCAUCUAAACUCUUCUUCCCCAGCACACCUCCGCCCCGCCCAAAGUCUGGGGCGCAGCCUACCGAAUCCCCGCCCCGAAAGUCCCCCAAGUCAAAGAAUACAUGAACAUCCGCGAGAUCAACGGCUAUUCCAUCCAGUACGCUCCUUUCCAACAGCAACCGAGCAAAAAGGAAGACAUGUCCGCUACCUACCAGCAAGUCCACAUGCCCGAUGGGCAAGCAAUCAAGUGUCUGGUCUAUAUCGGACUGCCGGAUAAUCCGCAAUUCUUGGGAGUUCAGGAUCCUCAGGCGCUCGCGGAGCAUAUUGUGAAAUCGAGGGGUCCGAGUGGGGAGAAUAAGGAUUAUCUGUAUCAGUUGGAGGAAGCGUUGGAUGCAUUGAGUGCUGAGAGUGGGGAUGAGCAUAUUAGUGAUUUGGCGAGGAGGUGUAGAGAAAUUGAAGCGCGGGAGGCGAAAAGUUAG